UUUCUCUGCACUUUUCUCCCACUUUCAGCGAAUUCUUACGAGAGAGAACAAUGGCGGAUUCAGAGUAUUUUUGUUCUUACGAAGCAGACGUGGAUUCCGACUGCGAGAGCUCGAGCUCAGGGUGGUGCUGCGAAGCAGAGGAAGAGAUCGACAAUGGCGGAAACGGAGUGGGAUUGGUGAGAGAGGAGAAGAGGAAGAAGAAGAAGAGCCAGGUCUUGUUGGAGGGUUACGUGGAGGCUGUGAAUGUCGCCGGAGAUCACGAGGAUUUGAAGAGGACGAAGAGCUUGACGGAUGACGAUCUCGAGGAGCUCAAAGGUUGUGUGGAUCUAGGGUUUGGAUUCAGCUACGAAGAGAUCCCCGAGCUCUGCAACACUUUACCGGCUCUCGAGCUUUGUUACUCGAUGAGUCAGAAGUUUCUGGAUCACGACCAGCACACGCCGUCGUCGACGUCGCCGGAGAAGAAGACCCCGGUGCCGGAAUCCCACGUGAGCCCCAUCGCUAACUGGAAGAUCUCUAGCCCUGGGGAUAACCCAGAUGAUGUAAAGGCGAGGCUAAAGUACUGGGCACAGGCUGUGGCAUGCACCGUGAGAUUAUGCAGCUGAUGGAGUCACUGAACAACACCCGAGGAAUCCAUGAAAGAGAACACCAUGAACUCAGAUCUCCAUGAAAGGUCCUACCACCAGGGAAUGUUUCUUGCAGGACUGAGGUCUCUUGCUCAACCUACCGACCUGCGUGAAACCAUGCUGUAGACGGGUCGGCUGCAAAGACAUGGGAAUGGAAGAUGUACCCAGAAGAUGUCUUUGGGCAGAUUUUGCUGAUACCGAGUUUCUUGCGUUGUUCCUAGGUCUAUGUAUUGAGUAAUUUCGAUAUAGAAAUAACAAAACUUUAUCUUUUGAUGAUA